UUAAGGAUGAGACAUCUGGUCUUUAUUGGUUUGUAAAUUGAGGUUGGUCCUCAGAGGUUCAUGGGCAGGGAAAACCAGACAUGGAUGAGUGAGUUCAUCCUGCUGGGACUGUCCAGUGACUGGGAGACCCAGGUCUCCCUCUUCGUCCUGUUCCUGGCAAUGUAUCUGGUGACUGUGCUUGGGAACUUCCUCAUCAUCCUCCUUAUCAGGCUGGACAGCAGGCUCCAUACCCCCAUGUACUUUUUCCUUAGUGUCCUGUCUUUUGUGGACAUCUGUUACACCAACAGCACUGUCCCACAGAUGCUCCUUCACUUCCUGUCUGCCCGGAAGUCCAUCCCAUUUCAUAGCUGUGUGUUCCAGCUGUAUGUCUCCCUAGCAAUGGGCAGCACAGAGUUCUUCCUGCUGGGAGCCAUGGCCUAUGACCGCUAUGUGGCCGUGUGCCACCCCCUGCAUUACACAGCCAUCAUGCAUGGAGGGCUGUGCCUGGGGCUGGCGGCCGGCUGCUUGGUGGCUGGUCUUUCGAAUUCACUGAUGCAGGCCAUCAUCAUCUUCCAGUUACCCCUGUGUGGUAAUGUCAUUAAUCACUUUGCCUGUGAGAUGUUGGCGGUGCUGAGGCUGGCCUGUGUAGACAUCUCCUUCAACAAGGUCAUGGUGGCCAUCUCGGGAUUCCUGGUGAUCAUGCUUCCCUGCUUUCUGGUACUGUUCUCCUAUGCUCGCAUAGUGGCUGCCAUUCUGCACAUCCGCUCUGCCCAGGGACGUCGCAAAGCCUUUACGACCUGCACCUCGCACCUCACUGUGGUUUCCAUGUGCUUUGGAACAGCCAUCUUCACGUACAUGAGACCUGUGAGCGGCUCCACAGCAGAACAGGAGAAGAUGGUUGCUCUCUUCUAUGCUGUAGUGACCCCGAUGCUUAAUCCCUUAAUCUACAGCUUAAGGAACAAGGACGUGAUUGGUGCUUUAGGAAGAGUGGUGGGAAAAUUUAGUGAAAAAAGGUAAAGAUUCAAGGCUUCCUCCUUCCCUCCAACUGUCCAGAGACAAUGCAGAUGGGGGAAACGAUGACUGUGUGUGGGUUAGUUUCGUAGCCUGGCUCUCCACAUUAUAGUCUUCACUAUGUAUCACUGCACUGUUAAACACGU